AUGAAGGUAUUGGUGGGAAUGGUAUUAGGUUGGUGUUUGUCUAAGAUAGUCGGCUCUCAAUUACAAAAACUUCUUCCAAAAACUAAGGCGGCGGCUGGCCGGAACUCUUUUCCGACGGAUGAUGACGAUGAGGGGUUUACUGUGGAAACAAGAGAUGUUUCACCGGCACAUUUUUUGACAAAAAUCGAAUCUUUCUCCUUAUUUUCCGAGUACGGUAUUCGUAAAUACGAAUCCAAGGAAUUUGAAGUAGGAGAUUACAAAUGGAGACUCAUAAUCUAUCCGUAUGGCAAAGAAAAAGACGAUAGCCAUGUUUCAGUAUACCUGGCUAUGGCGGAGACAAGUUCUUUACCUAUAGACUGGGAGUUCAAUGCCAAUUUCACAAUCUUUCUCUACAAUCAAAUAGCAGACAAUUAUCUAUGUUUUCGAGUAAACGGAGUGCGGCGCUUUAAUGAAACAAAGUCCAAUUGGGGAUUUUCCAAAUUUAUAUCUACGGAAAGUUUGAAAAAUAAAUCAAACGGAUACCUGGUUGACGACAACUUUGUUCUUGGCGCUGAAGUUUUUUGUAACCACAACAGACAACGAGUUAUUGAGAAUGUGACUUUGCUUAGGCGUGCAACAUAUCCAUAUACACGCGCAUGGAAGAUUGUAGGUUUCUCUAAGUUGGAAGAUGUUUGGGAGUCCGAAGAGUUCACCAUAAGAGAUGUCAAUUGGAAAGUGAUGCUAUAUCCAAAUGGAUAUUCGAGUUCAAAGGGCCGUGAUUUGUCGGUUUUUUUGGUGUGUGUUAGUGCCGGUGCUCGUAAAAGAAUCAUGGCAGAUUUCCGCAUGCGCUUAAAAAAUGGUUUGAACCUAUCUCCUAUCAACAUGUCUGAAAAAUCAUCUCGGUGGUUUACGUCUGCAAAUAAAUGUUGGGGGUUCUGUGAUUUCAUAAGUCUCGACACAUUGCUCGAUCUCGGAAACUACUUCAUUGUUAAUGAUUGCUUCACAAUAGAAGUGGAGAUUUCUGUGCAGAUUGUUGUGGUGCGUUGCUACUUGUGCAUCAUAUCCAGUCGUUGCUUAAUUGUUCUGCGAAGAACGAUAAGAUCAUGUCCGUUAAAUGUAUAUAACCAACCGAAUCCACAAGUUAUACAUGCAAUGGCUGUCAAAGAUUACCUUCAACGGUGGUUCUACUGCAAAAAUAGUUGUGAGAUUGUCUUCAUGCUUUGUUUUGCUGAAAUGGUACUAGAGACUGCUCCAAUUUCGUGGCCUUGUCUGUUAUUUUCGUGGAUGAUAUUAUUGGAAAUGGUAAUAGAGACUGCUCCGUCGUACUUCGGCGCUGUGCGCUUCUCCGCCGGCGUAAUUCUGGACUCCGGCCACCUCCGCCGCCAGCCUUGCUGUCACGCGUUCGAAUAAUUCGUUGUUUGAUGCCCCGUCUUCUUCCUUUGCAGUGGAGUGUUGGACAUAAAGGUUACAGGAGGUGCUGCCUACUUCAGCACUUGCAGAAGCUUGCGGAGUGAAUAGGUGCUUCAACCAAGGAAGUGAAGUCUGCUCUUGUAUCCUGCAAAUGGGAUAUUUGCGAAUUUCCUUUCUUUUCCAUUUUUUCUGCAUUGAGGUUGUGUAUGCAUGCUUAUAAAAUAAGCACAGCUUCUGUUGGAUUACUGUGGAGGCUGCACAUAAGGACCUGAGAGAAAGAGUGGUUGUUCUUGCAUCAAAGAUCUCUUGUUGAACUGUUCCUGAGGGUUUGCUUUCGUGUCAAAAAGGAUGACGCCCCUAUGGUGCUGGGUUGACCAGAGGGCAGCAUCUUACUGGGAAGGAUUUUAGUGGCAAAACUUUAAUCAAGCAAGAUUUCAAGACGGUAUUGCAUUUUUCGUUUUAUAUUUUUCCUCAAUCAUUUGUUUAUUUGUCUGUGUGGUUUAUGAUUAUUUAUGCUCUGAGGAAUGUUUUUGUCAAUACUUGGUUAUUCAGGUUAGACUGUUUUCAGAUUAUCCCAAUUGUGGUUCAAUGUGACUUUGGAUAUUGUUUCCAUGGUAGAUGCAAGUCCCAUAUGAUA